AUGGAAGACGCGAGCAGCAAGGCGCGCAAGUGCAUCAACAACCCCAAGAUGCUGAUCACGUACCUCUGGUUCAGCACCAUGCUGUUCGGCUUCAUGUACGCGAUCGCCGCGAUCGUGGCCGCGGUCAACAACGACGGCGAAGGCGAGAGCGACUCCAAGUCGCUGGGCUUCGUGGGCGUCUGGGCCAUGAUUCUCAUCGUCGCGCUCUCGGUCGGAGGCACGAUGGUCAUGCGCAAGCACCAGACGCCGCUGGCCGUGGGCUUCCUCAUCGGCGUCGUGCUCAUGAUGUCGCUGCAGAUGUUUUCGCUGUCCAUCAUCUUCGCGGGAGCCGCGUACCUGGCCCGCAUUGAGCGUGCGAAGGGUGACGAGCACACCAACGUGCACUCGAACGAGGCUGGCUCCGUCUUCUCCUUCUUCAUGUUCAUUCUCUACGCCGUCUUCGCCAUUGUGCUGGUGCGCCACCGCAACAUUGUCAUCAAGGAGGGCGUCAACCUGGACCCGAACGCCAUCAACAACGACAUUGAGAAGAAUCCGGCUGGAAUGGGCGGCAACACGGCCGCUCCAAGCGCCACCACCACGACGGCCACCUCCCCGCGUGUCAUCCGCACUGACCUGGACGUCCCCAAGCCGCUCGCCCCACCUGUGAGCGUUUAG